AUGCCAGACCCCGAUCAGCAAAGUGACCGCGAUUUGAGCUAUGCUAUCCCACCAGCACCCGGCAAAUGCCCCGUUUGUGGCCGGGGUAACAAGAUAGGGGUUAAAAGGUGCGAAGGAUACGUACAGAGGAGCAAUGGAGCUAUUACUCGCUGUCGACGGCCAAUUAAUGGGCCACGAGGACUGGACUUCGAGGAUUUUAUGUCGACUUACAACGCCGGGCUCAACGGAGGCCAAGCCUCCGGAGAGGCAGUCGACACGGGUGAUCAAGAGGUCAAAGCGGAUAUCACAGCUUAUGUCCUCCUAGUUCUCAUUGCUUGCUUUAUUUUCUACUUGGGCCAAGCCUCCGGAAACACGGGCCAAAUCUCCAGAGAGGCAGUCGAUACGGGCGAUCAAGAGGCCGAAGCGGACAUCACAGCCUAA